AUUAUAUUAAAUUGACAUGAUCGACUACUGUUUCGAAAGAUUAUAAUUAGGCAUUAUUUUCUAGAUCAGCUGGUGACAGUGAUGCGCUUUUUAUGUAAUUUUUCAACCGCUAAAACACAAAGAAGAAGAAUAAAACCGGAAGCGUCAUUUUUCCUCCUGCUGGCUAAAGCUACGUUGGUGUCAUCGUCUUAUCGGUUUUGGGGUUGACAACAUAAACAGCAGCCUCAUUUCGUGUACAGCCACAAAGACCUAUUUUACUGGACUCUCUGGAGAGAUGAACAGCAACGGGAAUAAGAGAGCUCCAACCACAGCCACGCAGCGACUUAAGCAGGAUUACCUCAGGAUAAAAAAAGACCCUGUGCCUUACAUCUGUGCAGAACCUCUACCCUCCAACAUCCUAGAAUGGCACUAUGUAGUCAGAGGUCCUGAGAAAACUCCAUAUGAAGGUGGAUAUUAUCACGGAAAACUCAUAUUUCCUCGGGAAUUUCCUUUUAAACCACCAAGUAUCUAUAUGAUAACACCAAAUGGGAUUAAGUGUAAUACAAGGUUAUGUUUGUCCAUCACAGACUUCCAUCCAGACACGUGGAACCCUGCGUGGUCCGUCUCCACCAUCCUCACAGGUCUGCUCAGCUUCAUGGUGGAGAAAGGCCCCACCCUUGGCAGCAUUGAGACCUCUGACUACACAAAAAGACAGCUGUCAGCGCAAAGCCUGGCCUUCAACCUCAAGGAUAAAGUGUUCUGUGAGCUGUUUCCUGAUGUAGUUGAUGAGAUGAAGCAGAAACAGAAGGCCCAGGAGGAGUUAAGUGCCCGCACUCAGCCCCUCCCCUUACCCGAUGUGGUACCCGACGGUGACCCUCAACACGCCCACUAUGGCCUCCCCGCCCUCAAUGGAGGCCCCGCCCCCCUCGGGGGUGCAAACCACGUCCCUGGCCUGCAGCAGGCCAAUCGCAACCAUGGACUUCUAGGUGGGGCUCUUGCCAACCUCUUUGUGAUUGUAGGCUUUGCGGCAUUUGCCUAUACAGUCAAGUACGUGCUGAGGAGCAUAGCCCAGGAGUGAGAGGACCCGGUGUUGUAGGGCAACGCUCCCCCCUGCAGGUGAGCCAGCUAGUGGACAUUCUACAAACACUAUGUGGAGGAGGGAUGUUCAGUCCUGGGUUAUACCCCUCCACAACCACCACCACCACUACCAUGGACUCUCAAAGCCCACCCACCCAGGACGAAUCGAGAUGAGGAGGUGGGGGAGUGGACGGGAGCGGCAUUAGGGCCAGGGGAUUGGAGGGGCUUAUUAAAACGGUUGCGAUUCACUCUGUCUUUCAGUGGUUUAUGUCAGCAGUAGGAAUAAACUUGGCUCAUGGGUUGUGGAAGAGUGUAUAACGGAAGACAUGGUUUGUUGCAGUACCCUGGAACCUGGUCCCAACAACAGAAAGAUGCUAAAUGUCAAAAACAUUACUGAUAAAAGCUUGUUUCAUACACAUUUAAGGAGAUAGUUCUCAAAGAUUGUUUCCCUACCCAUUUCUCUCCUGGUCAUUCAUCGUGUCGUAGAGACUCCUCAGGGUAUGUCUUGAUGAUGCUGCUUCUGUUCCAAAAUCAAGAGAAAAGGAGUGCCAUAAAGACCAGUUGUGUGGUUCUCCUAGUUAAUGUUGUCUUCAACCUCAUUUGAACCACGGUUUUAGGACUCACAGUCAGUUUUGGGAUUAGAGUCAGUUUUCUUCCGUAUGCUUUUCCAUGUAAUAGCAUUUAGGCAUCAGGUUUCUAUAACCUGUGUUGCAGCUCAAAUUAUCUGCCUACAUUACAUAACACAUAUCUAGGUCCAGCAGGACAUGUAACAGAAAGUAGUUUUUAUUUUAUUUUUUACACCCACAUUUACUGGCCCGAACCCUGUCAAAGGUUGUCAUGCCUAAAAGCUUUAAGGUUUUAUGUUCCAAGAAUAUGUCUGCAAGUUAGCACAACACAGAUUUAUAACCUGACAACCCGUGAGAGGUCAAAGCUCGAUAGCACUCACUGACAGAGAUGGCGUACAACCGCAAAACUAAAUCUAAACACAGCAAAAAGUGCACAGCAGUGUGAUAAAAGUAGAACCUUAUGCACUUGUCUUUAUGUGUAUUUCAUCUAUAGGAUCUGUUUUCUGCAGAAAAGCUUAACAUCUGAUGAGGCAUCGGAGUGCAGAAAGUCAUCCUAUAAAAGUCAACAAUAGUAUUGACAAGUGUAUGUAUCUCAAUUAAUAUAAAAAGCAUACAACUUGGCAUGUAAAUCUGUGAAAGAGCUAUUGAUACGUUGUCAGAGUCGGAUGCGAGUCCAGGCGUGCUCUCCUGUCAACCCAUGAGCCAAGCAGUGAGCCCAGUGUCUGCACAGAGGUAAAUAGAGACCAGUACCUUCCUUAAAUUGGCUUAGCUGACCAGUAUAGCAACACUCUAUAGGUCCAAGUGACGAGACACAUGAAGAGAACCAACAUUUUUUGUUUCCUUAUAUUAUUUUCUAUUUGAUCUUUGUUUUUUUUUUCUUUUUUCUUUUGUGUUUUUUGUUCUCUUAUUUAUAGAACCAGCCUUGGCUUGUCUGUAAUCAUUCUAAGGAAACGUCUAGUGUUUGCUAAGCAGGGCAGUGUGGGCAAACACAAGCACAGACAUGCCCAGGCUCACGUAGCUGCUGAUAAUUUACUGUUGUGCAUUGCAUUUAGUAAAGAUGGUUCUACUGUGUAUCUCUUUCAACAGAAAAAAUUGUCUGAAAGCAGAAGAUUUGCCUUUCUAUAGCUCUUUUUAUGGCACAUCUUUAAAAAAAAAAAAAGAAAAGGAAAAAAAAAGAAAGAAACUGAUGAUGAUGGGAUUGCGUUUGUGUGGUCAUACAGCAAAUGCCCAAAUUUCGAUGCUUCAGUUAAUCUUGUGUGACAUUGUAUGUUUUCAUAGUAACUGCAAAUAAAUUACCCUGCUUGGCAGGGCAUUUUAGGAAA